CAGCGGACUGAAGAUGAGGUGGUUCUCCAGUGCAUCGCAAACAUUCACAAGGAGCAAAGGAAGUUCUGCCUGGCAGCCGAGGGCCUUGGGAACCGCCUGUGCUUCUUGGAACCCACUUCAGAAGCCAAGUAUGUUCCUCCAGAUCUCUGCGUCUGCAAUUUUGCGCUGGAACAGUCCCUCUCUGUGAGAGCCCUACAGGAAAUGCUUGCCAACACAGGUGAAAAUGGCAGCGAAGGGGCAGCACAAGGGGGUGGCCACAGGACGCUGCUAUAUGGCCACGCGAUUCUCCUGCGGCACUCCUUCAGUGGAAUGUAUCUAACAUGUUUGACCACAUCAAGAUCCCAGACAGAUAAACUUGCCUUUGAUGUAGGUCUACGGGAACAUGCCACAGGAGAAGCCUGUUGGUGGACCAUACAUCCCGCUUCCAAACAGAGGUCUGAGGGAGAGAAAGUUCGAAUUGGUGAUGACCUCAUCCUCGUGAGCGUGUCCUCUGAAAGAUACCUUCAUCUCUCAGUAUCAAAUGGGAACAUACAAGUGGACGCCUCUUUUAUGCAAACACUCUGGAAUGUACAUCCUACGUGCUCAGGAAGUAGCAUUGAAGAAGGAUACCUACUUGGUGGGCACGUAGUACGUCUCUUCCACGGUCACGAUGAGUGUUUGACGAUACCAUCUACAGACCAGAAUGAUGCUCAGCACAGGAGGAUAUUCUAUGAAGCUGGGGGAGCUGGGACACGAGCCAGAUCUCUGUGGAGAGUGGAAGCCCUUCGGAUAAGUUGGAGUGGCAGUAACAUCAGAUGGGGCCAGGCUUUCCGGCUCCGGCAUCUCACCACAGGCCACUACCUGGCCUUGACAGAGGACCAAGGCCUUAUACUGCAGGACCGGGUGAAGUCAGACACCAAGUCCACAGCCUUCUCUUUCCGGGCCUCCAAGGAAACCAAGGAGAAAUUGGAUUCCAGUCACAAGCGAGAUAUAGAAGGCAUGGGCGUUCCAGAAAUCAAGUAUGGAGAUUCGGUCUGCUUUGUACAACACAUAGCCAGUGGUCUGUGGGUGACCUACAAAGCACAAGAUGCCAAGACCUCCCGCCUUGGACCUCUGAAAAGAAAGGUCAUACUCCAUCAGGAAGGCCACAUGGAUGACGGGUUAACCCUGCAGAGAUGCCAACGCGAGGAGUCACAGGCUGCUCGGAUCAUCCGGAACACAACAGCCUUAUUCAGCCAGUUUGUAAGUGGAAACAAUCGCACAGCUGCCCCUGUCACCCUGCCGAUCGAAGAGGUCCUGCAGACCUUACAGGACUUGAUUGCCUACUUUCAGCCCCCAGAGGAGGAGAUGCAGCACGAAGACAAACAGAACAAGCUCCGCUCACUCAAGAACAGACAGAACCUUUUCAAGGAAGAAGGAAUGUUGGCCCUUGUGUUAAACUGCAUUGACCGCUUAAAUAUCUACAACAGCAUAGCACACUUUGCAGGGAUUGCAAGGGAGGAGAGUGGCAUGGCUUGGAAAGAGAUCCUGAACCUCCUGUACCAACUGCUGGCUGCUCUCAUUCGUGGAAACAGAAACAACUGCGCUCAAUUCUCUAACAACCUUGAUUGGCUAAUCAGCAAACUGGACAGACUAGAAUCUUCCUCAGGUAUCUUGGAAGUUUUACACUGCAUCUUGAUUGAAAGCCCAGAAGCCUUAAAUCUGAUAGCCGAGGGCCACAUCAAGUCCAUCAUCUCCUUAUUGGAUAAGCAUGGACGGAAUCACAAGGUUCUCGAUGUGCUGUGCUCCCUCUGUCUCUGCAAUGGGGUCGCAGUCAGAGCCAACCAGAAUCUGAUUUGUGAUAACUUGCUGCCCCGGAGAAACCUGCUCCUGCAGACACGGCUGAUUAAUGAUGUGACCAGCAUUCGGCCCAACAUCUUCCUGGGAGUUGCCGAGGGCUCAGCGCAGUACAAGAAGUGGUACUUUGAGCUGAUCAUCGACCAGGUGGACCCCUUCCUAACAGCUGAGCCCACACACCUGCGGGUGGGCUGGGCCUCUUCUUCAGGCUAUGCUCCAUACCCUGGCGGAGGAGAAGGAUGGGGAGGCAAUGGUGUCGGUGAUGACCUGUACUCCUAUGGCUUUGAUGGACUUCACCUUUGGUCAGGCCGCAUACCCAGAGCCGUAGCAUCCAUCAACCAGCACCUCCUGAGAUCAGAUGACGUGGUGAGCUGUUGCCUCGACCUCGGAGUGCCCAGCAUCUCCUUCCGCAUCAAUGGGCAGCCUGUGCAGGGGAUGUUUGAGAACUUCAACACAGAUGGGCUCUUCUUCCCUGUGGUGAGCUUCUCAGCAGGUGUCAAAGUGCGUUUCCUGAUGGGUGGACGUCAUGGAGAAUUUAAGUUCCUGCCUCCCUCUGGCUAUGCCCCUUGCUAUGAAGCCUUACUUCCAAAAGAAAAGAUGAGAUUGGAGCCUGUGAAAGAAUAUAAACGUGACGCUGAAGGCGUUAGAGAUCUGCUGGGUACCACCCAGUCCCUCUCCCAAGCCUCUUUCAUCCCAUACCCCAUAGACACCAGUCAGGUUGUUUUGCCCCCUCACCUAGAAAAGAUCCGAGACAGACUGGCUGAAAACAUUCACGAGCUUUGGGGAAUGAAUAAAAUAGAGCUUGGCUGGACUUUUGGCAAGAUACGGGACGACAAUAAAAGACAACACCCCUGUCUUGUGGAGUUUUCAAAGCUGCCUGAAACUGAGAAGAAUUAUAACCUACAAAUGUCAACUGAAACCUUAAAAACCCUCCUGGCCCUGGGGUGCCACAUUGCUCAUGUGAAUCCAGCUGCUGAGGAGGAUCUCAAGAAGGUCAAAUUGCCCAAAAACUAUAUGAUGUCCAAUGGCUACAAGCCAGCCCCUUUGGAUCUGUCUGAUGUGAAGCUGUUACCUCCUCAAGAAAUUUUAGUGGAUAAGCUUGCAGAAAAUGCACAUAACGUUUGGGCCAAAGACAGAAUAAAACAAGGAUGGACCUAUGGCAUCCAACAGGAUUUGAAGAACAAAAGAAAUCCCCGGCUGGUGCCAUACGUAUUACUAGAUGAGCGUACCAAGAAGUCCAAUAGGGACAGCCUUCGGGAAGCUGUUCGCACAUUUGUUGGUUACGGCUAUAACAUUGAGCCAUCGGACCAAGAACUGGCUGACCCAGCUGUGGAGAAAGUCAGCAUAGACAAGAUUCGAUUUUUCCGGGUAGAGCGGUCUUAUGCAGUGAGAUCUGGAAAGUGGUAUUUUGAGUUUGAGGUGGUGACCGGAGGAGACAUGCGCGUUGGCUGGGCCAGGCCGGGCUGUCGGCCUGACAUUGAGCUGGGCGCUGAUGACCAAGCCUUUGUGUUCGAAGGCAGCAGGGGCCAGCGGUGGCAUCAGGGCAGCGGGUAUUUUGGACGUACAUGGCAGCCAGGGGAUGUGGUUGGCUGUAUGAUUAACCUGGAUGAUGCUUCGAUGAUCUUCACACUGAAUGGGGAGCUGCUGAUCACCAACAAAGGCUCUGAACUCGCCUUCGCUGAUUACGAGAUUGAGAAUGGCUUUGUGCCCAUCUGCUCUCUCGGACUGUCUCAGAUCGGCCGCAUGAAUCUCGGGAUGGAUGCCAGUACCUUCAAGUUUUAUACCAUGUGCGGCCUCCAAGAGGGCUUUGAGCCUUUUGCUGUCAACAUGAACCGCGACGUGGCGAUGUGGUUCAGCAAGCGCCUCCCAACGUUUGUCAACGUGCCAAAGGAUCAUCCCCAUAUAGAGGUCGUGAGGAUCGAUGGCACCAUGGACAGCCCUCCAUGCCUCAAGGUGACCCACAAGACGUUCGGCACACAGAACAGCAAUGCCAACAUGAUCUACUGCCGCUUGAGCAUGCCCGUCGAGUGCCACUCCUCCUUCAGCCACAGCCCCUGUCUGGACAGUGACGCUUUCCAGAAAAGGAAACAGAUGCAAGAAAUACUCUCUCAUACAACAACACAGUGUUACUACGCAAUCCGCAUCUUUGCUGGACAGGACCCCUCCUGCGUCUGGGUCGGAUGGGUGACACCAGACUAUCACUUAUACAGUGAGAAGUUUGACCUGAAUAAAAACUGUACGGUGACUGUUACCCUAGGGGAUGAAAGAGGCCGGGUCCACGAAAGUGUGAAACGCAGUAACUGCUACAUGGUGUGGGGUGGGGAUAUUGUGGCCACUUCCCAAAGAUCAAGUCGGAGCAACGUGGACCUAGAAAUCGGCUGCCUCGUGGAUCUGGCGAUGGGCAUGUUGUCUUUCUCCGCCAAUGGGCGAGAACUCGGCACAUGUUACCAGGUGGAGCCCAAUACCAAAGUGUUUCCAGCAGUCUUCUUGCAGCCUACGAGCACUUCCUUGUUUCAGUUUGAACUUGGGAAGCUGAAGAACGCGAUGCCCCUGUCGGCAGCCAUAUUUAAGAGUGAAGAGAAGAACCCGGUUCCGCAGUGUCCACCUCGGCUGGACGUGCAGACCAUCCAGCCUGUGCUCUGGAGCCGCAUGCCCAGCAGCUUCCUGAAGGUGGAGACAGAGCGCGUGAGCGAGCGCCAUGGCUGGGUGGUGCAGUGCCUGGAGCCCCUGCAGAUGAUGGCACUCCACAUCCCGGAGGAGAACAGGUGUGUGGACGUCCUGGAGCUCUGUGAGCAGGAGGACCUGAUGCAGUUCCAUUACCACACACUGCGACUCUACAGCGCCGUGUGCGCCUUGGGAAACAGCCGGGUGGCCUACGCCCUGUGUGGCCACGUCGACCUCUCCCAGCUCUUCUACGCCAUCGACAACAAGUACCUCCCUGGCCUCCUUCGCUCUGGUUUCUAUGACCUGCUCAUCAGCAUCCACCUGGCCAACGCUAAGGAGAGGAAGCUAAUGAUGAAGAAUGAGUACAUCAUUCCCAUCACCAGCACCACCAGGAAUAUCCGCCUGUACCCAGACGAGUCCAAGAGGCAUGGGCUGCCGGGGGUGGGCCUGAGAACAUGCCUCAAGCCAGGGUUCAGGUUCUCCACCCCUUGCUUUGUUGUGACCAGCGAGGAGCACCAGAAGCAGAGCCCUGAGAUCCCCUUGGAGAUUCUCAAGACAAAGGCGCUGAGCAUGCUGACGGAGGCAGUGCAGCACAGCGGGGCUCAUAUCCGGGACCCCGUCGGCGGGUCUGUGGAGUUCCAGUUUGUGCCUGUGCUGAAACUCAUCGGGACCCUGCUGAUCAUGGGGGUGUUUGAUGAUGAUGAUGUCCGGCAGAUCCUCCUCCUGAUCGAUCCCUCUGUGUUUGGGGAGCACAGUGCGGAGACAGAGGAUGGAGCAGAGAAGGAGGAAGUGACCCAGGUGGAGGAGAAGGCAGUGGAGGCUGGGGAAAAGGCCGGCAAGGAGGCUCCAGUCAAAGGCUUGUUGCAGACCCGACUGCCAGAGUCCGUCAAACUGCAGAUGUGUGAGCUCCUCAGCCAUCUCUGUGACUGCGAGCUGCAACAUCGAGUGGAGGCCAUUGUGGCAUUUGGCGACAUUUAUGUCUCCAAACUCCAGGCAAAUCAGAAGUCUCGCUACGAUGAGCUCAUGCAGGCCUUGAACAUGUCCGCAGCCCUGACUGCCCGGAAGACCAGGGAGUUCCGCUCCCCGCCACAGGAGCAGAUCAACAUGCUUCUUAACUUUCAACUGGGAGAGAAUUGCCCCUGCCCAGAGGAGAUACGGGAGGAGCUCUAUGACUUCCAUGAGGACCUUCUCAUUCACUGCGGGGUUCCCCUGGAGGAGGAGGAAGAGGUGGAAGAGGACACUUCCUGGACUGGGAAGCUCCGUGCCUUGGUGUAUAAAAUCAAAGGCCCUCCCAAGCCUGAGAAGGAACAGCCAACAGAAGAGGAAGAGAGAUCCCCUACAACCUUGAAGGAGCUCAUCUCACAGACCAUGAUCCGCUGGGCCCAGGAGGACCAGAUCCAAGACGCGGAGUUGGUCCGGAUGAUGUUCAACCUCCUCCGGAGACAGUAUGACAGCAUCGGGGAGUUGCUGCAGGCCCUGCGGAAGACCUACACCAUCAGUCAGGUCUCCGUGAGCGACACCAUCAACCUGCUGGCCGCGCUGGGCCAGAUCCGCUGCCUGCUCAGUGUCAGGAUGGGCAAGGAAGAGGAGCUGCUCAUGAUCAAUGGCCUGGGAGACAUUAUGAACAACAAGGUGUUUUACCAGCAUCCCAACCUCAUGCGAGUCCUUGGCAUGCACGAGACGGUGAUGGAGGUGAUGGUGAACGUGUUGGGCGCAGAGAAGUCUCAGAUUGCUUUUCCAAAAAUGGUUGCUAGCUGUUGCCGUUUCCUCUGCUAUUUCUGUCGAAUUAGCCGGCAAAAUCAGAAGGCCAUGUUUGAGCAUCUAAGUUACCUGCUGGAGAAUAGCAGUGUUGGCCUAGCCUCCCCUUCGAUGAGAGGAUCUACCCCACUGGAUGUGGCAGCUUCCUCCGUGAUGGACAACAACGAGUUAGCGCUGGGCUUAGAAGAACCGGACCUCGAGAAGGUGGUGACCUACUUGGCAGGCUGUGGCCUGCAGAGCUGCCCCAUGCUUCUAGCCAAAGGAUACCCUGAUGUCGGCUGGAACCCCAUUGAAGGGGAACGUUACCUGUCCUUCCUGAGGUUUGCCGUCUUUGUGAACAGCGAAAGUGUGGAAGAAAAUGCUAGUGUUGUGGUCAAGCUGCUCAUCAGACGCCCGGAGUGCUUCGGCCCAGCCCUGCGAGGUGAAGGAGGAAACGGUCUAUUGGCAGCCAUGCAGGGCGCCAUUAAGAUCUCUGAGAACCCAGCCCUCGACCUCCCCUCUCAGGGAUACAAGAGAGAAGUCUUGGAGGACAGUGAAGAUGAAGAGAUCGUGCACAUGGGCAACGCAAUUAUGUCUUUUUAUUCAGCUCUUAUAGAUCUCCUGGGCCGCUGUGCACCUGAAAUGCACCUUAUCCAGACAGGAAAGGGGGAAGCCAUCCGGAUCAGGUCAAUUCUGCGCUCCCUCGUCCCCACAGAGGACCUGGUCGGGAUCAUCAGCAUCCCCUUGAAGGUGCCCUCCCUGAACAAAGAUGGGUCCGUUAGCGAGCCAGAUAUGGCAGCCAACUUCUGCCCUGACCACAAGGCACCCAUGGUGCUGUUCUUGGAUCGUGUUUAUGGCAUUAAGGAUCAAACUUUUCUGCUCCACUUGCUAGAGGUUGGAUUUUUACCCGACUUAAGAGCCUCUGCCUCUCUAGAUACGGUUUCCCUGAGCACCACAGAGGUAGCACUUGCCCUGAAUAGGUAUUUAUGUUCUGCCGUGCUCCCGCUCCUCACAAGAUGCGCCCCUCUCUUUGCCGGAACAGAACACUACACGUCUCUGAUCGAUUCUACACUACAGACAAUAUACAGGCUUUCCAAGGGACGGUCCCUCACCAAAGCUCAGAGGGACACCAUAGAAGAAUGUUUGCUUGCCAUUUGCAAUCACUUGAGGCCUUCCAUGUUACAGCAACUCUUGCGACGUCUGGUUUUUGACGUGCCCCAGCUCAACGAAUACUGCAAAAUGCCUCUUAAGCUUCUGACGAAUCACUAUGAACAGUGCUGGAAGUAUUACUGCCUGCCUUCAGGAUGGGGGAGCUAUGGGCUAGCUGUGGAAGAAGAAUUGCACCUGACAGAGAAGCUCUUCUGGGGGAUUUUUGACUCCCUCUCCCACAAGAAGUAUGACCCAGACCUUUUCCGAAUGGCCCUUCCUUGUCUCAGUGCUAUAGCGGGGGCCCUGCCACCGGAUUAUUUAGAUACCAGAAUCUCAGCCACAUUGGAGAAACAGAUCUCAGUGGAUGCAGAUGGCAACUUUGACCCCAAACCCAUCAACACCAUGAAUUUCUCCUUGCCUGAAAAAUGGGAAUACAUCGUCACCAAGUACGCGGAGCAUUCACAUGAUAAAUGGGCCUGUGACAAGAGUCAGAAUGGAUGGAAAUACGGAAUUUCCCUGGAUGAAAAUGUGAAGACCCAUCCACUCAUCAGGCCUUUCAAGACAUUAACGGAAAAGGAGAAGGAAAUUUACCGUUGGCCUGCCAGAGAGUCCCUGAAAACCAUGCUGGCUGUGGGCUGGUCUGUGGAGAGGACCAAAGAGGGAGAGGCCCUGGUUCAACAGCGGGAAAACGAGAAGCUUCGGAGCAUGUCCCAGGCCAGCCAGGGCAACAGCUACAGCCCUGCUCCCCUGGACCUCUCCAACGUGGUGCUCUCCAGGGAGCUCCAGGGAAUGGUGGAGGUCGUGGCUGAAAACUAUCACAACAUCUGGGCCAAGAAGAAGAAGCUGGAGCUGGAGAGCAAAGGUGGCGGCAGUCACCCUCUGUUGGUACCAUAUGACACCUUGACAGCCAAGGAGAAGUUCAGGGACCGAGAGAAGGCACAGGACCUGUUUAAAUUCCUCCAAGUGAACGGCAUCGUGGUUUCUAGAGGUAUGAAGGAUAUGGAGCUGGAUGCCUCCUCCAUGGAAAAGAGGUUUGCCUAUAAAUUUUUGAAGAAGAUCCUGAAAUAUGUUGAUUCCGCCCAAGAGUUUAUUGCCCAUUUGGAAGCCAUUGUCAGCAGUGGGAAAACGGAAAAGUCUCCCCACGACCAGGAGAUCAAAUUCUUUGCCAAAGUUCUCCUCCCACUGGUUGACCAGUACUUCACCAAUCACCACCUCUACUUCCUGUCAUCCCCCCUGAAGCCCCUUAGCAGCAGUGGCUAUGCCUCUCAUAAGGAGAAAGAAAUGGUGGCCAGCCUCUUCUGCAAACUCGCUGCUCUUGUUCGACACAGGAUUUCCCUCUUUGGGAGCGAUUCUACUACAAUGGUGAGCUGUCUUCACAUCUUAGCUCAGACACUUGACACUAGGACUGUCAUGAAGUCAGGCUCAGAGCUGGUCAAGGCCGGGUUACGAGCAUUCUUUGAAAAUGCUGCAGAAGACUUAGAGAAGACUUCAGAAAACCUGAAGCUGGGGAAGUUUACCCAUUCCAGAACACAGAUUAAAGGCGUGUCUCAGAAUAUUAACUAUACCACGGUGGCUCUGCUCCCCAUCCUGACAUCCAUCUUUGAGCACGUUGCUCAGCAUCAGUUUGGGGUGGAUUUACUCUUAGGUGAUGUGCAGAUUUCAUGCUACCACAUACUGUGCAGCCUCUACUCCCUUGGGACUGGAAAGAAUAUCUAUGUUGAAAGGCAACGUCCUGCCCUUGGAGAAUGUCUGGCCUCACUGGCAGCUGCCAUCCCAGUGGCAUUCCUGGAGCCCACCCUUAACCGCUACAAUCCACUCUCAGUCUUCAACACCAAAACCCCCAGGGAGAGGUCUAUUCUGGGCAUGCCGGACACAGUGGAAGAGAUGUGUCCUGACAUCCCACAGCUGGAAGGCUUGAUGAAGGAGAUCAGCGACCUGGCCGAGUCGGGGGCCCGGUACACGGAGAUGCCUCACAUCAUCGAGGUGAUCUUGCCCAUGCUCUGCAACUACCUGUCCUACUGGUGGGAGCGGGGGCCUGAGCACCUGCCCCCCAGCACAGGGCCCUGGUGCACCAAGGUCACCUCUGAACACCUCAGUGUCAUCCUGGGAAACAUUCUGAAAAUCAUCAACAACAACCUGGGCAUAGACGAGGCGUCCUGGAUGAAGCGCAUUGCAGUGUACGCCCAGCCAAUCAUCAGCAAAGCCCAGCAGGACCUGCUGAAAAGCCACUUCAUCCCAACUCUGGAGAAGCUGAAGAAAAAGGCGGUCAAGACGGUGCAGGAGGAGGAGCAUCUGAAAGCCGACACCAAAGGAGACACUCAGGAGGCAGAGCUCCUCAUCCUGGAUGAGUUUGCAGUCCUCUGCAGAGACCUCUAUGCCUUCUACCCCAUGCUGAUCCGCUACGUGGACAACAACAGAUCUAACUGGCUUAAAAGUCCCAAUGCUGACUCUGACCAGCUCUUCCGCAUGGUGGCAGAGGUCUUCAUCCUGUGGUGUAAAUCUCACAACUUCAAGAGGGAAGAGCAAAAUUUUGUGAUUCAGAAUGAAAUUAAUAAUUUGGCAUUUUUAACUGGAGACAGCAAAAGCAAGAUGUCGAAAUCUGGAGGACAGGACCAGGAACGGAAGAAGACAAAGCGGAGGGGAGACCUGUAUUCCAUCCAGACCUCUCUCAUUGUGGCUGCCCUCAAGAAAAUGCUGCCCAUUGGUUUGAAUAUGUGCACGCCAGGCGAUCAGGAGCUAAUCUCCCUGGCCAAAUCUCGAUACAGCUAUAGGGACACAGAUGAAGAGGUGAAGGAACAUCUGCGGAAUAACCUGCACCUGCAGGAGAAGUCUGAUGACCCAGCAGUAAAGUGGCAGCUGAACCUCUACAAAGAUGUUUUAAAGAGUGAAGAACCUUUCAGUCCAGAAAAGACUGUAGAGCGUGUUCAGAGAAUUUCAGCAGCUGUCUUCCACCUGGAGCAGGUGGAACAGCCUCUGAGGUCCAAGAAGGCGGUCUGGCACAAACUGUUGUCAAAGCAGCGGAAACGGGCAGUGGUAGCCUGUUUCAGGAUGGCCCCUCUCUACAACCUGCCCAGACACAAAAUUAACAAUUUCUUCCUGACCACCUUUCAACGGGUUUGGCUGGAAAAGGUUAAUGAAAAAACUCAGUAUGACAGGCUUAUACCCAUUUUAAUGAAAUCCCCCAAGGUGGAAGAGGAGGAGGAAGAGGAGACAGAAAAGCAACCAGACCCACUUCAUCAGAUCAUUCUCCAUUUUAGCCGCAAUGCUCUCAUGGAGAGGAGCAAAUUGGAAGAUGACUCCUUGUACACGUCCUAUUCCAGCAUGAUGGCUAAGAGUUGUCAGAGUGGGGAGGACGAAGAAGAGGAAGACAAGGAGAAAACAUUUGAAGAGAAAGAAAUGGAAAAGCAGAAAACCCUCUACCAACAAGCACGGCUGCAUGAGCGUGGAGCCGCAGAGAUGGUCCUUCAGAUGAUAAGCGCCAGCAAAGGUGAGAUGAGCCUCAUGGUGGUUGAGACUCUGAAGCUGGGGAUCGCCAUUCUGAAUGGGGGCAACGCUGGUGUACAACAGAAAAUGCUAGAUUACCUAAAGGAGAAAAAGGAUGCUGGAUUCUUUCAAAGCCUUUCUGGUCUUAUGCAGUCUUGCAGUGUCCUUGAUUUGAAUGCAUUUGAAAGGCAGAAUAAAGCUGAAGGCCUGGGGAUGGUUACUGAGGAAGGAACACGUGAAAAAGUACUCCAGAAUGAUGAGUUUACACGAGAUCUCUUUCGAUUCCUGCAGUUACUUUGUGAAGGACAUAACAGUGACUUUCAGAACUUCCUGCGGACUCAGAUGGGCAAUACCACCACCAUAAACAUCAUCAUCAGUACCGUGGACUACCUCCUGCGUCUGCAGGAAUCAAUCAGUGAUUUCUACUGGUAUUAUUCAGGGAAGGACAUCAUUGAUGAAUCUGGACAGCACAAUUUUUCCAAAGCUCUGGCAGUCACGAAGCAGAUUUUCAAUUCUCUUACAGAAUACAUCCAGGGCCCUUGCAUUGGGAACCAACAGAGCCUGGCUCACAGCAGGCUGUGGGACGCGGUGGUCGGCUUCCUCCAUGUGUUUGCUAACAUGCAGAUGAAACUCUCUCAGGAUUCCAGUCAGAUCGAGCUGCUGAAGGAACUCUUGGAUCUCCUUCAGGACAUGGUGGUGAUGCUUCUGUCCCUCCUGGAAGGGAAUGUGGUAAAUGGAACUAUUGGCAAGCAGAUGGUUGACACCCUGGUAGAGUCAUCUACCAAUGUAGAAAUGAUCUUGAAAUUCUUUGACAUGUUCUUGAAACUUAAAGACCUAACCAGCUCAGACACCUUCAAAGAAUAUGACCCAGAUGGUAAAGGGAUUAUCUCCAAAAAAGAGUUCCAGAAGGCCAUGGAAGGGCAAAAACAGUACACACAGUCAGAGAUUGACUUUCUCCUUUCGUGCGCAGAAGCUGAUGAGAAUGAUAUGUUUAAUUACAUUGAUUUUGUAAACCGGUUCCAUGAGCCAGCCAAGGACAUAGGGUUUAAUGUAGCAGUGUUACUGACAAAUCUCUCCGAACAUAUGCCAAAUGAUUCUCGCCUUAAGUGUCUGUUGGACCCAGCAGAAAGCGUACUAAAUUACUUUGAACCCUACCUGGGACGCAUUGAGAUCAUGGGUGGGGCCAAGAAAAUUGAGCGCGUUUAUUUCGAGAUCAGUGAAUCCAGUCGAACUCAAUGGGAGAAGCCCCAAGUGAAGGAAUCGAAGCGGCAGUUCAUCUUUGAUGUGGUCAAUGAAGGUGGAGAACAGGAAAAGAUGGAACUAUUUGUGAACUUCUGUGAGGAUACCAUCUUUGAAAUGCAGUUAGCCUCUCAGAUCUCCGAAUCUGACUCAGCGGACAGGCCCAACGAGGAGGAGGAAGAAGAUGAAGAUUCAUCUUAUAUGUUAGAAAUUGAGGGUGAAGAGGAGGAUGCCAAGUCUUUUGAGUCUGCCUCUGCGUUUGCCAUGGCCUAUGCCUCAGUGAAGAGGAAUGUUGCCAACUUCCUGAAGAAGGCAACCUUGAAGAACCUCAGGAAGCAGUACAGGAAGGUGAAAAAGAUGACCGUGAAGGAGCUAGUGAAGGUGUUCUUCUCUUUCUUCUGGAUGUUGUUUGUGGGGCUCUUCCGGUUGUUCUUCACCAUAUUGGGAGGAAUCUUUCAGAUCCUCUGGAACACAGUGUUUGGAGGGGGCCUAGUGGAAGGGGCAAAGAACAUCAGAGUGACCAAGAUCCUGGGUGACAUGCCUGACCCAACGCAGUUUGGUAUCCAUGAUGAUGCUCUGGAUGCCGAGCGGGCAGAGGUGACUGAGCCAGGUGUGCCACCUGAACUAAUUCACUUUGUGAAGGGUGACAAGGGAGAUGCAGAUAUUAUGUCCGAUCUCUUUGGAUUCCACCCAAAGAAGGAAGGUGGCUUAAAGCAUGGGCCCGAAGGGGGUUUGGGUGACCUCUCUGAGAUUAUUGGCAAAGAUGAACCCCCUACACUAGAGAGUACCGUCCAGAAGAAAAGGAAAGCACAGGCAGCAGAAAUGAAAGCAGCACAUGAAACAGAAGGGAGAAUGGAGCCCGAGAAGACAGACCUGGAAGAUGGGGAGAAGGAGGAUACGGCCAAAGAGGAAGAGCAAGCCGAGGCUCUGUGGGCAGACAUGACAAAGAAGAAGAAACGACGGCGGGGCCAGAAAGUCGAGAAGCCUGAAGCUUUCAUGGCUAAUUUCUUCAAAGGGCUGGAAAUCUAUCAGACCAAGUUACUGCAUUACCUGGCCAGGAAUUUCUACAACCUGAGGUUCCUCGCUCUGUUUGUAGCCUUCGCGAUCAACUUCAUCCUGCUCUUUUAUAAGGUCACUGAAGAACCUUUAGAAGAAGAGACAGAGGACAUUGCAAACCUGUGGAAUUCCUUUAAUGAUGAGGAAGAGGAAGAAGCGAUGGUGUUCUUUGUCCUGCAGGAGAGCACUGGGUAUAUGGCACCAACGUUGCGGGCCUUGGCCAUUGUCCACACCAUCAUCUCUUUACUCUGUGUGGUGGGCUAUUACUGCCUGAAGGUCCCUCUGGUGGUAUUCAAAAGGGAAAAAGAAAUUGCCAGGAAGCUGGAAUUCGAUGGCCUGUAUAUCACUGAACAGCCCUCUGAAGAUGACAUCAAGGGGCAGUGGGACCGCCUAGUAAUCAACACACCAUCUUUUCCUAAUAACUACUGGGACAAGUUUGUCAAGAGAAAGGUGAUCAACAAGUACGGAGAUCUCUAUGGAGCAGAACGCAUUGCUGAACUCCUGGGUUUGGACAAAAAUGCCCUUGAUUUCAGCCCAGUCGAAGAGAGCAAAGCAGAGGCGGCCUCUCUGGUGUCAUGGCUGAGUUCCAUUGACAUGAAGUACCAUAUCUGGAAGCUGGGAGUUGUUUUUACUGACAACUCCUUUCUCUACCUUGCCUGGUAUACAACCAUGUCAGUCCUGGGCCACUACAACAACUUCUUCUUCGCUGCUCAUCUGCUGGACAUCGCAAUGGGCUUCAAGACACUGAGGACUAUUCUGUCAUCUGUAACUCACAAUGGCAAGCAGCUGGUUCUGACUGUCGGUCUCCUGGCCGUGGUGGUUUACCUCUACACCGUGGUGGCCUUCAACUUCUUCCGCAAGUUCUACAACAAAAGUGAAGAUGACGAUGAGCCCGAUAUGAAGUGUGACGACAUGAUGACGUGUUACCUGUUCCACAUGUACGUGGGAGUGAGAGCCGGAGGAGGCAUUGGCGACGAAAUUGAAGACCCUGCUGGUGACCCUUAUGAGAUGUACCGCAUUGUCUUUGACAUUACCUUCUUCUUCUUCGUCAUUGUCAUCUUGCUGGCCAUCAUUCAGGGUCUUAUUAUUGAUGCUUUUGGAGAGCUAAGAGACCAGCAGGAACAAGUGCGAGAAGAUAUGGAGACGAAAUGUUUCAUCUGUGGGAUCGGCAAUGACUAUUUUGACACGAUUCCUCAUGGCUUUGAAACACACACCUUACAAGAGCACAACUUAGCCAACUAUUUGUUCUUCCUGAUGUAUCUGAUUAAUAAAGAUGAAACAGAACACACGGGUCAGGAAUCUUACGUCUGGAAGAUGUACCAAGAAAGGUGUUGGGAUUUCUUCCCAGCUGGUGACUGCUUUCGGAAACAAUAUGAAGAUCAGCUUGGAUAAAUCAGAAUGAAAGAAACUCCACAAUUCUGGAUGGUCAACUUCCAGGGAACUAAAUCCUUUUUACAGUUCUGCAAAAUAUUUGAAAUGUGACCUAUUCUAAAUGCCUCCCUUUCAAGAGGAAGUGUUUGUUACAAUUAUGUGAUAUUUUGGGAUUGAUUUGGCUUUUUUGUGCCUAAUGGACAUAUCCCUGGGGGAGACAACCUAUCAAAAUGUUGAAAGAUGGCAAAAAAUCAAGGAAACUGUAGUUGAGAAUACCUUCAAGUUUUUCAGUUCUAAUGGAACUAAGUUGUUGCAAUGAUGUCAUUGAGGAAAGGACUAGAAGUAUGAAGUCUUCAAUGCACAAUACUGAAAUUUUAAACACUUGAAUAUCACAUGACAGUAUCCACUAGUGACUCAUGGUCUGAACUACAAAAAAAUCAUUUUAACUGCAGUCAGAUUUCUCCCAUGGUACUUGCUAGUGAAUGUAUUCAGAAUCAACUUGAAAAGCUUUAAGCAGUUAAAGAAAUAGAAAAAAACACCCAACACUUUGUCGACACUGAAAUAUCGAUUAAGUGCCUUAAAAUCUCUUUAGAUAUAGCUAUGCAAAUUUUUUAUGUUUCUGUUCCAGACGGACAGUUCCAUUAAUGAGUUGUGUUGAUCUUCCGUCUUUAUGAAACCGCACUUGAAGGUUAUUCCUAUCAUUUUUUUUCAGUAACAGCUUGUCAACUGCUGUUAUUAGAAGUACUGUACUGAAAAUCCAGAAAAAUUUCAAUCUUAUGCCAAAUUGAGUACUGCUUUAUGGUUCCCUUGUAAGUACUGGAGCUGCUGUGUUUAGGUGAAUCUCCUUACAUCAAAGGAAGUACCCACUGCAAUAAAGUAAUACACACCAAUCUGGGGUGUUGGCCUCUUGUGAUGUACCUCUUCUGGAUGAUUCUA